AUACGAAUGGAAGCGGGGUUUUGCUUUGUGUAUGAGUAGCUCAGAGAAGGAAUCAGAAGUGAGAUUGAGGGUGCCAUCUCUCCUGCGACAGUGAUAAAAUGGACAACAUAGAAAAGAAAUCGGCUGAUGACUUGGAGGCGGGGCCUAGUUUCUCUGAUGAUGAAGAAAAAGAUCCUUUUAAUAUCUCAAGAACUAAGGACGCUACCAUCGAGCGUCUCAGACGCUGGAGACAAGCGGCCCUUGUGUUAAAUGCUUCUCGUCGAUUUCGGUACACAUUGGAUCUUAAGAAGGAGGAGGAGAAGAAAGAAUCAUUGAGGAAAAUUAGAGCACAUGUGGAAGCCAUACGAGCUGCAUAUCGGUUUAAAGAAGGUGUUCUGCAAGGUAAUGGUCAAUUGCCAGAAUUUUCUUUAGUUUCUAGUGGUGAUUUUCCAAUUGGGCAAGAACAACUUACUUCAUUGACAAGGGAUCAUAAUAUUUCUGCUCUACAGCAAUGCGGGGGGGUUAAAGGGCUGUCUGAUUUGUUAAAAACAAAUUUAGAGAAGGGAAUUAAUGGUGAUGAUGCUGACUUGCUUAAACGAAGGAAUGUAUUUGGAUCAAACACUUAUCCCAAGAAAAGGGGAAGAAGUUUUUGGAUGUUCCUCUGGGAAGCAUGGCAAGAUCUUACUUUGAUUAUAUUGAUGGUAGCUGCGGUGGUGUCCUUGGCACUUGGCAUAAAGACAGAGGGUACUAAGGAAGGAUGGUAUGAUGGAGGGAGCAUUGCCUUUGCAGUUAUUCUAGUUAUUCUUGUGACAGCUAUAAGUGAUUAUCGACAAUCUCUUCAAUUCCAAAGCCUUAAUGAGGAGAAGAGAAAUAUACAUAUGGAGGUUAUUAGAGGUGGUAGAAGAAUUGAAGUCUCAAUAUAUGAUAUUGUUGUUGGUGAUCUUGUGCCCCUGAACAUUGGUGACCAGGUCCCUGCUGAUGGAGUUGUAAUUUCUUUUCACUCUCUUUCCAUUGAUGAAUCCAACAUGACUGGAGAGAGCGAGAUUGUUCACAAGGACUCGAGGGACCCAUUUCUGAUGUCUGGUUGCAUGGUUGCAGAUGGCAAUGGCAUCAUGCUUGUAACCAGUGUUGGGACUAAUACUGAAUGGGGAAUGCUCAUGGCUAGCAUUUCAGAAGACACUGGUGAAGAAACACCUUUGCAGGUACGCCUAAAUGGGGCUGCAACUUUUAUUGGGAUUGUUGGGCUCACAGUGGCUUUCAUAGUCUUGAUUGUCCUUUUAGCCAGAUACUUUUCUGGCCAUACCAAAGAUGCAUAUGGCAAAGUUCAGUUUCAAGCAGGCAGGACCAGUGUUGGAGAUGCUGUAGAUGGAGCCAUUAAAAUUUUGACUAUUGCUGUGACUAUUGUUGUAGUUGCUGUUCCUGAAGGGCUUCCCCUCGCUGUUACCUUAACGCUUGCCUACUCGAUGAGGAAAAUGAUGGCAGACAAAGCACUGGUGAGAAGGCUCUCUGCCUGUGAGACAAUGGGCUCAGCCACAACUAUUUGCAGUGAUAAGACUGGAACCCUAACUUUGAAUCAGAUGACGGUUGUUGAAGCUUAUGUUGGUGAGAAGAAGAUUGGUUCUCCAGAUAGCAACCAGUUGUCUCCUAUGCUGACCUCAUUACUUAUUGAAGGAAUUGCACAAAACACAACUGGCAGCAUCUAUGUGCCUGCUCAGGGUAAUGCAGAUGUAGAGGUUUUUGGAUCACCGACGGAAAAAGCAAUUCUUUAUUGGGGAAUUAAGCUGGGGAUGAACUUUGAAGCUGUUAGAUCUGAAGCUUCUGUUAUCCAUGCUUUCCCAUUCAACUCUCAGGAAAAACGGGGUGGCAUUGCAUUGCAAGUGCCUAAUUCUGAAGUUCACAUACACUGGAAAGGAGCCGCUGAAAUAGUUUUGGCUUCAUGCACGAGGUACAUUGACACAAAUGAUCGAUUAGUAGCCAUGGAUGAAGAAAAGGUGAUUUUUUUUAAGAAUGCUAUUGAAGAUAUGGCAUCUCGUAGUUUACGCUGUGUUGCAAUUGCUUAUACAACAUAUGAUAGAGAAAGGGUUCCAGCAGAUGAGGAGCAACUUUCUCAGUGGGUAUUGCCAGAAGAUGACCUUGUUUUGCUAGCUAUUGUGGGUAUAAAGGAUCCAUGUCGGCCUUCUGUCAAAGAUGCAGUGCGACUAUGUCAAAUUGCUGGUGUAAAGGUGCGUAUGGUGACAGGUGAUAAUAUUCAAACUGCAAAAGCAAUUGCUUUGGAAUGUGGAAUACUAACUUCAGAGGCAGAUGCUACUGAGCGUAAUAUCAUUGAGGGAAAAAAUUUCCGUGCCUUGUCAGAUGCACAAAGAGAAGAAAUUUCUGAGAAGAUUUCAGUCAUGGGACGUUCCUCUCCCAAUGAUAAACUUCUACUUGUGCAAGCGUUGAGAAAGAGGGCACAUGUUGUUGCUGUAACUGGAGAUGGUACUAAUGAUGCUCCUGCACUACAUGAGGCAGAUAUUGGUCUUGCAAUGGGUAUUCAAGGGACAGAAGUAGCUAAGGAGAGCUCAGAUAUCAUUAUCUUGGAUGACAAUUUUGCUUCAGUUGUUAAGGUUGUGCGAUGGGGCCGGUCUGUAUAUGCAAAUAUCCAGAAAUUCAUCCAGUUUCAGCUUACCGUUAAUGUUGCAGCUCUUGUUAUUAAUUUUGUGGCUGCAGUUUCUUCUGGUGAUGUUCCCCUAAAUGCAGUACAGCUUCUUUGGGUCAAUCUGAUCAUGGACACGCUUGGAGCCCUAGCAUUGGCUACUGAACCACCAACAGAUCACCUGAUGCACCGGCCCCCAGUUGGUCGAAGAGAACCACUUAUAACUAACAUAAUGUGGAGGAACCUCAUAAUACAGGCUGUCUAUCAAUUGAGUGUUCUGCUUGUACUAAACUUCAAAGGAAAGAGUUUACUUAAUCUGGAGCAUGAUGACAGCGGCCAUGCUAAUAAAGUGAAAAAUACACUGAUAUUCAAUUCUUUCGUCCUUUGUCAGAUCUUUAAUGAAUUUAAUGCCCGGAAGCCAGAUGAAAAGAAUAUUUUCAGUGGAAUUAUGAAAAACCACCUUUUCAUGGGGAUAGUGGCCUUAACCAUUGUACUUCAGAUAAUUAUCGUUGAGUUUCUUGGGAAGUUUACAAAAACUGUCAGGCUCAACUGGAAGCACUGGAUCAUCUCAGUUGUUAUUGGCUUCAUCAGUUGGCCCCUUGCCUUUAUUGGGAAGUUUAUUCCUGUACCAGCCACUCCAAUCAGUAACUUAUUCAAAAGGAGAAAUCCCCCUUCAAUCAACUAAAAGUAGUAUUACAAGUCUGGAUGAAACCUUAUUUCCCUUUUUGUACACUGGUGGGCAUAGAUUUUACGGAUUUUCAGAUACUUAUUCACAAGCGUUGUAAUUAGUUUUUGUUUGUUUGUUUGUUUUUCAUUUACUAAGAUUGUUUAUAUUUCUAACAACUAUAGUUGGUGAGAUAAGUACUUAAAUACAAUGCCAACGAGGUUUUUUU